CACAACCAAUGACUACUGGUUAAGAAACGCAAGAAAGAGGACUCUCUGGCUCUCUCUCUCGAGUCUCUCCUCAGUUUCCUUUCCUUCUCCUUCUCCGCCGCCUCCUCCUUCCACGUGGAGAGAAGAACUGUUCGUUUUCUUCGCCACCUCCGGUGUCGUUCGAAGGAGAGAUGGUGAUGUACGAACUCAUCAAGGGCGACGAGGCCACCGCGCCGUCCAAGCCUAACAACGAGCUCAGCAACGUCGUCGCCGCCGCGGACAACGCGCUGCUGUCCCCGCACGAGGAUGACAUCGAGGCCGACGUCCGGAACGCCACGAAUACCCCGCAGGAGAAAGAGGAAGCGCCCGCCGCCCAGGGGUCGCGCCUCGUCUCCCUCGACGUCUUCCGGGGGUUCACCGUCGCACUCAUGAUCUUCGUAGAUUAUGCUGGAGCAUUUCUUCCUGCAACCAACCAUUCUCCUUGGAAUGGCAUAACCCUUGCCGAUGUUGUCAUGCCAUUUUUCUUGUUCAUAGUUGGAGUUGCACUUGCACUCACAUACAAGAGAGUCUCAAGCAAAGCCAUAGCAACCAAGAAAGCUGUACUUCGAGCAAUGAAGCUCUUCAUUGUAGGCCUUAUUGUUCAAGGUGGUUUCUUCCAUGGCCUUCACAAUUUAACUUAUGGAGUUGACAUUUUGAGAAUACGAUGGAUGGGCAUAUUACAGAGAAUUGCAGUAGCCUAUCUGUUGGCUGCAGUAUGUGAAAUCUGGCUUAAAAAUGACGAUGAUGAUAGUGAUGUCUACUCUGGAUACUACCUAAUCAGGCGAUACCGAUUUCAACUGCUGGUGAGUUUGAUUCUUACUACCAUUUACAUGGUUCUCCUGUAUGGUUUAUAUGUUCCUGAUUGGGAAUAUCAGAUACCAGUGGCAGGCUCCAAGACCAAGUCCUUCUCAGUCAAAUGUGGGGUGAGGGGUGACAUAGGACCUGCUUGCAAUGCUGUGGGAAUGAUUGAUCGUCAAGUCCUUGGCAUCCAACAUCUGUAUCAACGUCCCGUGUACGAAAGAACAAAGCAAUGCAGCAUAAAUUCACCAGCUAGUGGCCCACUUCCAUCUGAUGCUCCUCCAUGGUGCCAAGCUCCUUUUGAUCCUGAAGGGCUACUUAGUUCUGUCAUGGCAAUUGUUACUUGCUUGAUCGGGUUGCAAUUCGGGCAUGCUAUCAUACAUUUUAAGGGUCACAAGAACAGAAUUAUACAGUGGAUGAUUCCUUCCUUAUUUCUAUUAGUGUUCGCCUUUUUGUUGGACUUCGGCUUUGGAAUGCAUAUGAACAAGGCCCUGUACACAUUAAGUUAUACAUGCUUCACCGCUGGGGUUGCUGGGAUUCUCUUCACUGGACUAUAUGUGUUGGUUGAUGUCUGUGGCUGUAGGAAGCCAACCUUGGCUAUGGAAUGGUUAGGGAUGCAUGCACUUAUGAUCUACAUUCUAAUAGGUUGCAACAUCUUGCCAGUCUUUAUACAGGGAUUCUAUUGGAGGGAGCCUAAGAACAAUGUCAUGAGUAGCUUAAUCUAACAAACCCUUCCCUUGUGCCAGCUUUUGCUUUUACAAGUGCAUGCUAACCACAAACAGGGAAAGUGGAACAACUUUUUGUUGUUGUGAUCUACGAACAGCUGAAGGUCAUUGGCAUUUCCUGAAACCUCAACAAUAACAAGAGGAAUGCAGGAUCUCGUGACAUGUAACUUUUGUCUACAAACAAAA